CGAUCUGGUGGUACAAGGGCAAAAGGGAAGUUCGAGGAGCUAAUGGUGUGCUCCCAUGAAAUUGCUGCUAGCACAGCCCAGCUUGUGGCUGCAUCCAAGGUGAAAGCUGGUAAGGACAGCCCAAACCUGGCCCAGCUGCAGCAAGCCUCUCGCGGGGUGAACCAGGCCACCGCCGCGGUCGUGGCCUCAACCAUUUCUGGCAAAUCGCAGAUUGAGGAAACAGACAACAUGGACUUCUCAGGCAUGACGCUGACCCAGAUCAAACGCCAGGAGAUGGAUUCCCAGGUUAGGGUGCUAGAGCUAGAAAAUGAACUGCAGAAGGAGCGUCAAAAACUGGGGGAGCUUCGAAAAAAGCACUACGAGCUUGCUGGUGUUGCUGAGGGCUGGGAAGAAGAAACAGAAGCAUCUCCACCUGCACUGCAAGAAGUGGUAACCGAGAAGGAAUAGAGCCGCACUGAUGCCCCACACGUCACAGUUCUUUUCCGUUUCAUCACUUGCACAAACUUGUGAGCAUCAGAGGGCUGGUGGAUUCCAAACCAGGACACUACCCUGAGCCUGUGCACAGAGUCAGAAGAACAGCAGGAGUGUCCUGGCUGAGAAUGCCAAGGCAAUGCUUCCCCUCUUUUGGCAGUUCCGUGGAUUCCCACUGCUUCUUACGGUGGUUGGUUGGGUUUUGGGGGUUUCCGUUUUCAAGUUUCACUCAUAUAGCCAACUCUCCCAAAGGGAAUAGCUCUGAAGCUCUGAGCUCCUAGGAGCCCCUGACCACAGCAGUCAACAGCGAUGGUGCUGCUCAGGCUUUACCUUGGUGCUCCCCAUCAGCCUCCGUGCUUGUGUCCCGCUGAGUGUGGGACGCAAGGCCACUUCCCAGGGUCGGGUGGAGCUGCUGAGCCACAGCUUUCCUCCAAAGGCAGAAGUGGAGGGAGUGCCUUUCCCUCCUAAAGCUGGAGCCCAGUUGAAAGCCUCUGCCACCUUCAUAGGUGAGAGGGCCACAGAGAGAGAGAAAGGAGGGUGCACAAGGCCCAGGUCUUCAGAAGACACCUUCCUUGGGAACUCCCUGUGAGCAGGCUGGAAAACCUUAUCGCAUGCUCGGACGGAACUGGUGAGAAAGCCGCACCUCUUUUUCCAGAAUGAAUUUUCCUUGGCACCUCCCUUCAGAUCCAGGCAGGGCCCUAAGAGGGAGCUUGUGAGAGGUUUUCAAUUCUUUUCUCCAAAUAUCUGCCUGCCUUGGUAUCCUCUUGAAUCUGAAAAAGAUAGUUCCAUGUUCUACCUAAUUGACAGACCCAGAAAAUCAGGCAAACUUGCUCCCGGUAGGAAAGAACCCCGUGCUUGGUUUGGUACCUUUAAUAUUUAUUACUAACCUCCGUUAAGCAGCAGCAGCAGCAGCAGCCAACAGAAAGACGCUUGGUGCAAUCAGGAUUUCAGGUGUGACUAUGGCAAGAAUCGGAAACAAGGCCAAGAUGCUGUCCCCAUCUGUAACCAGCUUGGAUCACAAAGCAAGCAAGGUUCCUCAGAGCAUCCAGGGCAAGGAAAACAAAAAAGGGGGACCGCUGGCUCUGACCCCUUCCCGACACAUGUCCCGGGCCCUCGAUACCCUGUGGACAGGAUGAGGGCACAUUAAUAGCCUCGUAGAGAUGGGCAGCCAGACAGCACUUCUCCACCUCCAGCCGGACCCCAGCAUUUAAGUGACCUUUUGAUCUUGGACCGUGUCUUCCUUAUCCAUAGCAACUCCUAGGUAGUAGCCAACAAGCACUUCCAGGGCCUGUCCCAAAGGAACAUUGUAAGUGUGGCUACGUGACAGGUUGUGAGACUCCUGUUUGAUCACUGUGAAUCAACCUCCCUCCUUCCUAUACACCCCCCAGACUCCGUCUCUGUGCAUUUCUAAGUAGGGCAUCCAAAAUACUGUCUCCCUUGAGUUCAAAUUAUGAGAUUCAGAUAUGUGAUUGCCACACUGGGCUAAAAAGCGGGCUCAGCAGUAGAAAUUGAGCGCUUGUGUUUAAUGCUUCUUUGUGCUCAGUGCUUUUCCAUCCAAGACUCAGAAGGAGUGGUGUGUGGCAUCCCUGGCCCACUUGUGCCAAUUAAGCCAAUCAGUGUAUUCUCAAUGUGGGUCAAUAUUUCCAAAGGUGGCUGGUCUUCAUUUCCAGAAUCUCGGCCAAACAGUUGUGCUCCAAAUCACCAGUGGAGGGGAAAAUCUAGUAUAUUGGACCAGAUUAGGACUCUUUGAAAAACACUCCCUCUAAAAAGAAGCCACAGUAAUUUUUUGUUGUUGUUGUUAAUCCUCAUCUGAGGAUAUGUUGAUUGAUUUUAGAGAGAAGAAGAAGAAAGAGAGAGAGAGAGAGAGAGAGAGAGAGAGAGAGAGAGAAACACUGGGCACCUCUCGUGUACACCUUGAACAGGAAUCAAACCCACCACCUUUCAGUGUAUGAGACAAUGCUCCAACCAACAGCCACAUUGGUCAGGGCACCACGGUAAUUUUUAAAACUUCAUGGGCUUAGCUUAGCCAGUAAUAAAACCAUUAAGAACACACUUAAACAGGAGCACAGUCUCAAUCAGUCUCACAGGAGGCAACACCUGUCAGAUAAUUACUUCAUCAUUGCUCAAAUUAGAAGCUAGUCCAGCCGUGGGCAAACUACGGCCCGUUUGAAAUGAAUAAAACUAAAAAAAAAAAAAAAAAGACCGUACCCUUUUAUGUAAUGAUGUUUACUUUGAAUUUAUAUUAAUUCACACAAACACUCCAUCCAUGCUUUUGUUCCGGCCCUCCGGCCCAGUUUAAGAACCCAUUGUGGCCCUCGAGUCAAAAAGUUUGCCCACCCCUGAGCUAGUCCAUUCUCCAGCCAAAAUCAAAUUGGCCUAUCCUGCUACUUCUAAAAAAUGAGUGUGUGGUACUUGGUGUGAAAUACCUGAUGAAAACGGAAAUCAUAUCCUAAGGCUAAAAAUGAACCUCACAGCCUUUUAAAUUAGUCACUGAGCAUCACUUAGUGACUGGAGUCUCAUGGCUCAGUGUAAAUGGGUCAUGACAACAGCAAAAUAAUGGCUUAGGACUGACAAGAGGUUAAAAUGCGGCCGAAUCUGUUAUGCAAUCUUGUAAUACGGUGCUCUAAUACCAUUGGAAUAAGAGUGUGUACAUAAGUAAGGAAAAAGUGAAAAAGAACUAUUUGUGGUGUUACUAGUAUUUAUAUCUGAGCAAGGAGUUUAAAUUGGACUAUAAUUGAGAUUGAUCCUUAGGAUCGCACCUAAAUAUGAGUCCCCAGCCCUGUGGCUGGAAGAACCAAACAUUGUCCAGGGCAUCCUUUCUUGGAAGUGUUUGAGCUGCUGAAUCAGACACCAGGUCCCAGGGAGUCACAAGUGCAUGUUGUUUAGUCAGGUUGGUAACACUUUGGCCUCGCUAAGAGGAGCUGGUUCUGAGUUUGUACCCAGGACAUACUCACUUCUUAGUCUAGAGCAGUGAUUUUCAACCAGUGUGCAUAAUUUUAAAACAUGCAAUACCUGACUAUUUAGUCAGGGGCACUGACCUCUUUUCCCUUAGAUUGUCAAAUAAAAAAAAUGAAAAUUAAAAAAAAAAAAAGAAAAUAGCCAUCCAGUGUGAAUGCCCUGUCUUGAACCAUAAAUACAUAGGUCAUAUAAUAGAGUUGCAACUUAUUGGUCACGUUGCAUAAUAAGGUUGCAUCCGAUUGGUUAAUUCUUGGCACCAGAAGUCCUUAUAUACAAGUAAGUAUAGAUACCUGAUUUUUUUAAAAGUAGGUAAUUGCUAUUAAUUUUUUAGUAAAUCAAAAUUAUACCUUUUUUUGGUCAGAUCAGCAAAAAUUGUCUUUUUGGAGUGCUGCAGAAUUUUAGUAGUUUAUGUAUGCCAUGAGAUGAAAAGGUUGAAAAUCGCUGCUCCAGAGGGGUCCUCUGGCUCCACUUACCCUGGUCUUUAAUAACUAAAGUUCUUGCUACCUUCUCCACCUUUCAAAGUCUCUGGAAAUCCCUCCUGCCAACAGAAGCCUUUAAUCCUGGCACUGGCCUUCCAAUCAAAUUGGCUUUGCCCUCUCUCUCUGCCAUUCUCCAUCCUCCAGAGACUGCACUGCCUGUAGCAUAGAACACCACCACAGGCCUGCCUGCCACCAACACAGCAAACUGGCGAGCUGUCUGCUGUUCAAGUCUUUUGUCUCCCGGGUCCAGACCAAAUACGGGAUCAGCAACUCACAGUGGUGGCCCCGCCUUUCUACCCCAGGAGCCAAAGCAACAUGAAACAAUUGCUUAGAUGCUAUUGGGUCCGAUUCUGAGAGUAGAUAAUUUUCAGACGUGUCUUUCAGGUGACCCUCAACUACCUCAGGUUUGAAGGCCCUAAAUUAAGCUGAUUUUUCAUAGGGACAAACCGAGGGGUUCAGGUAAUGUUGGUGAUAACACAAUUGUCUCGAACUUGUAACUCUUUCACACUUAGCUUUGCAGGGAUGGAGUUGGGAUUGUUUUUCUUUUCCGUGUUUAACCUUUCCCCCACUUUUCCAUUAGAAUAGUUCCUGUAAAUGAAUUUCAUUUUUCACUGAGUGCCUACCUUCCCAGGGCAGGUAGCCACUGGCUUUUGUUCCCUUCCAAUAAUACUUUUAUUAUGGUAUUAAGACCUUUCUUUGUAUAAUACAUUGCAUCUGUGUUUCCAAUUUUUCAAAUAAAUAUUUCAACCUGGCAAUGAAAAGUA